AUGGGCAAGCUCAUUCGUCUCGAGUUGUUCAACUUCAAGUCCUACAAGGGCCACCAUACCCUUCUCUUUGGCGAUUCAUACUUCACUUCCAUCAUCGGGCCCAAUGGAUCUGGGAAAUCUAACUCUAUGGACGCCAUCUCCUUCGUCCUGGGCAUCAAAUCUUCCCACCUGCGCUCCGCCCACCUCAAGGAUCUUGUCUACCGAGGGCGAGUCCUGAAAACUGCCAAGAUCAACGACGAUGGCUCGGCUCAGACCAAUGGUGACGCAAACGGCCAUGCCGAUGGAGACGACAAGGCUUCCCGAGGUGACCCCAAGACCGCUUGGGUCAUGGCCGUGUACGAGGACGAUGCUGGCGAGGAGCAGAGGUGGAAGCGCUCAAUCACCAGCCAGGGCGCCAGCGAAUACCGCAUCAACGACCGUGUCGUCACCGCUCAGCAGUACAACGAAGCCCUCGAGUCGGAAAACAUCCUUAUCAAAGCCCGGAACUUCCUCGUCUUCCAGGGAGAUGUUGAAGCGAUUGCGUCACAGUCCCCUCAGGACCUCACACGCUUGAUUGAGCAGAUCUCAGGCAGUCUGGAGUACAAGACAGACUACGAGAAGACACAAGCUGAGGCGGAGCAGGCGGUUGAGAACCAAAACUACCAGCUUCACAAGCGACGUGGCAUCAAUUCCGAGAUCAAACAGUUCCGCGAACAAAAGAAAGAAGCCGACAACUUCCAGAAGAAAACAGAUGAUCGUGAUGCGGCCAUCGUCACACACAGCCUAUGGAAGCUGUAUCAUUUCCAGAAGGCUAUUGACGAUUCAUUUAACGCCAUACAAGACCACCAACAAGAACUUAAGGAGUUGCGCCGCAACGUCGAAUCUUUUGAGAAGCGUCUGGAAGCCGCCCGGAAGGAGCAAGCCUCGGCGAGUCGUCAGGUUGCUCGCAUCGACAAGGAUAUCCGGGCCAAGCAGAGAAGUAUUGAAGACAAGGAGAGCAGUCUUGUUCCGAUCGAGGAAAAGAUUCAUGAAUCAACACAACAAGUUGAGGGCCUACAGGCCCAAAUUGCCAAGGUCACAAAAGAGCGUGACCAGCAGGCAGAGAUCGUACUCAAGAUCCAGAAGGAUAUUGAGAAUGUGGAGAAAGCCCGAGAAGUCUUCGAGAACGACUACAAGGAGCAGAUGAAGAAGCAAGGGCGAGAGGUCAGCGAUGAGGACCGAAGGGAGUACAACACUCUUCGUGCCCAGGUCAUGUCUCGCUCUGGUCCAAAUCAAGCCAAGCUUGAGAAUCUCGAGCGACAGCGAAAGGCAGAUGAGGUUACGGUCAACAACCUUAAGGGAAAAGUCGACAGUAUUGCGGCAAGCAUCGAGAAGAUCGAAGCGGAGCUCACGAGCAUCGACGAGAGGAGAACCGCAGCACAGACUGCCUCCAAGGAACUCUCACAGGAAAUUGAUACCAAGAAGAAGGAGUUCAACCAACUUCAGUCAGAGCGUGUCAGAACCAGUCAAAAACGAACCGAGCUCGAGGAGAAGCUUGAGGACGUGGCCCGGAAGCUCAGGGAGGCCGAUGAUGGCAGGCGGCAGAGCGCCAAAGACACCCGGAUGAAGGAGAUGGUGUCUGCUCUAAAGCGCAUGUUCCCUGGUGUCCAUGGCCGCAUCGGUCAACUUGUCAAGCCGAAGCAGAAGAAGUUUGACGAAGCUAUUUCUGUCGCCCUUGGAAGAGACUUUGACUCGGUUGUGGUCGACACGGAGAAGAUCGGUGUCGAGUGCGUUCAGUAUCUCAAGGAGCAGAGGUUCCCGCCAAUGACCUUCAUCCCCCUGGACAACAUCAAGGUCAAUGCUGUGAACACUGCAGUCAAGGGAUUUUCUGGAGCCCGGUUGACCAUUGACACUGUCGAAUUCGAUUCGGUUGUUGAGCGAGCCGUAUCUUAUGCAUGCGGCAGCUCUAUUGUGUGCGAUACCCUCGACAUCGCCAAGCACAUCUGCUACGACAAAAAGAUUCCGGUCAAGGCUGUUACGCUCGAGGGUUAUAUCAUCCAUAAAGCAGGUCUUAUGACAGGCGGUCGUGGGCCUGAGUCAAAGAACAAGAGGCGCUUCGAGGAAGCUGAUGUUCAGAACCUUCAACGGAUGGCCUCCAAGCUCAAAGAUGAGAUUGAGCGGUUGCCAAAGGCUGACAGACGUGGCACACAAGAAGAAUCACUGCAAAUCGAUCUGGCUGGAUUGGAGAGGCGCCUGGCAGCUGUCAAGGACGAGCUGGCUGCUUUCAACAAGAACCAUGCAAGUAAGAAGCGUGAGUUGGAUAACCAGAAGAGGCAGCUCAGGGAGCUGGAGCCCAAAUACCAAGAGCAGGCGGCACAGCUGGAGAAUACUCAGAGGACAUGCCAGGAGUUCCGAGAUGCUAUUGCACAGGUUGAGGACCAGGUGUUCGCAGACUUUUGCGCGCGACUCGGUUACAGUGAUAUCCGUGCUUACGACGCUUCCCAAGGCAAGCUCGAGCAGGAGGUUUCGGAAAAGCGCAACCAGUUUGAGGUCCAGAAGCAGAAACUGUCGAGGCUAUUGACUUGGGAACAGUCCCGCAACAACGACACAAUCGCCCGGAUCAACAGACUGCAAGGCGUCAUUCGACGCGUCCGUAACGAUGCCAAAACGUAUGUGAAGGAGAAGGACGAGAUUCAGAACGCGAUGCGAGAUGAGCAGGAAGAGUUGGAGGCUCUCCAGGAGACUCUUGAGGAGAACAAGGCCGAGCUUGCUGAGAAGAACCAGAAGGUGUCCGAGGCCAAGGUCGAGGUGCAAAAACGCAGCAAGGACAUCGAUGAAAACCUGAAGGAGAUCAGCGCGCUCGAAACGACCCUGCAAAAGAACAGUGCCAGCAAGUCAGCACUGCUCAGAAGAUGUCGCCUGGAACAAAUUCGCAUACCCCUCGAGGAGGGUACCUUGGAUGAUCUGCCGACCGAAGACGAUCUCCUUCGUCAAGAUCCAGAUGCCAUGGAUCUAGAUGACGAGGACGAGGAAAUGAUGGAUAUGGCAAUGGCGACCUACGGAAUUGCAAUCGAUUUUGACAGCCUCGACGAAGAGCUUAAAGCCUCGGACGAUGCGAGUGUUGAAGAGAGCCUGUCAGACAAGAUUGCAAAUCUGACCUCCGAGCUGGAGAAGCUGAAUCCCAACAUGCGAGCGAUGCAGAGGUUGGAGGACGUGGAAACCAGACUCAAACUCACGGAACAAGAGUAUGAGGACUCCAAAACGGCAGCACACGAGGCCAAGGAGGCCUUCAACGAAGUCAAGCAAAAGAGGUUUGAACUCUUCAACAAGGCCUUUACCCACAUCCAGGAACAAAUAUCGCACGUCUACAAGGAUCUUACCCGAUCAGAGGCAUACCCCCUUGGUGGUCAGGCGUACCUGGACAUUGAAGAGGAUACGGAUAUGCCAUACCUGUCGGGCAUCAAGUAUCAUGCGAUGCCACCGCUGAAGCGCUUCCGAGACAUGGAACACCUGUCGGGAGGUGAGAAGACGAUGGCUGCACUCGCGCUUCUCUUUGCUAUCCACAGCUACCAGCCAAGUCCCUUCUUCGUCCUUGACGAGGUGGAUGCCGCUUUGGAUAACGCCAACGUUGACAAGAUCAAGAAGUACAUCCAGGACCAUUCGGGACCUGGAAUGCAGUUCAUUGUCAUCAGUCUCAAGGCUGGCCUCUUCCAAGACAGUGACAGUCUCGUAGGUGUAUACCGCGAUCAGGAGGUGAAUAGUUCACGCACCCUUACUCUAGAUUUGAGAAAUUACGCAUGA